AUGGCUGUUUGCAAGUACUCCUGGAGUGUGUGUGUAUCAGUUUUACUUUUUCUCAUGAUCCCAUUUGCAUCGCCAUUGUACUUCAAGCUCUCUACUAUUGGUCCAAACGAUGCAAAUCGCCAUAUAAAGACGACAGGGGACGCAUAUAUUUCUCCGCAAGGCAUUCAGGUGACUACAGAUGAGAGCAAUAGGGCUUACGGUGGUAAAACUGGCCGCGCCACUUAUAUUGAGCCUUUGCACCUCUGGGACAAAGCUACAGGUAAAAUAGCUGAUUUUUAUACGCAUUUCAGAUUUGUGAUUGAUUCCAGUAAUAGCAAUUGCCAUGCCGAUGGACUCGCCUUUUUCUUGGCUCCUGUUGAUUCAACCAUACCUGGGAAUUCAUCAGGCAGUGGCCUUGGUCUUGCGUAUUUUGAUGCAACGGUGAAUAUAUCUGGAGAUCCUUUUGUGGCAGUUGAGUUUGAUACUUACACGAAUGACUGGGAUCCUUACGGUCCACAUGUAGGAAUUGAUAUCAAUUCACUGAUUUCUGCUACUAAUUUGACAUGGAGGAAUAACAUUACUGAAGGGAAACAGAAUGAUGCUUGGAUUGGUUAUGAUUCGACUACCAAAAAUCUUAGUGUGAUCUUCACUGGUUAUAUGAGUAAUCAGAAGCGAAAAUCUCAGCUUGAUUAUAAGGUAGAUUUGAGAGAUUACUUACCUGAGUUGGUGAGUUUUGGUUUCUCAGCAGCUACAGGGGAUUGCUUUGAGAAAAAUAAUGUUAAGUCCUGGGAAUUCAAUUCGAGUUUAGAAAUAGUAAGUAAUAGUUCAGGUCCAGCAGAUCCUCCCACAGCGACAAAUAUUAAUCCAAAUCCUAGUUUAGCAGUGAACAACGGGGGAAAGAAGACGGGGAUGGGAUUAGUAAUUGGAUUCAUUGUUGGUCUGUUUGUUUUAAUCCUCGGUUUGGUUCUCAUUGGAUAUAGUUUAUGGAGGAAAAGAAAUAGGGAGGGUGAAAAAGAUGAAGUUUCGUUUAAUACAAUAAUGGACACAGAAUUUGAAACGGGAUGUGGGCCUAAGAAAUUUUCAUAUGGAGAAUUGGUCCGUGCAACGGAUAAUUUUGCAGACAAGAAAAAGCUUGGAGAAGGAGGCUUUGGUGGGGUUUAUCAAGGAUUUUUGAGAGAUUUAAAUUCAUACAUUGCAGUGAAGAGAGUGUCAAAGGAUUCCAAACAAGGUCAUAGGGAGUAUGCAUCAGAAGUUAAGAUCAUCAGUAAAUUAAGACACAAAAACCUCGUCCAACUUGUUGGUUGGUGCCACGAAAAAAGAGAGCUGCUACUUGUUUAUGAAUUCAUGCCCAAUGGCAGCUUAGAUUUCCAUCUCUUCAAGGAAAAAUCAUUGUUGACUUGGGAAACGAGGUACAAAAUUGCCCGAGGACUGGCUUCGGCCUUGCUGUAUCUACAAGAAGGGUGUGAACAAUGUGUAAUUCACCGGGACAUAAAAUCAAGUAAUAUUAUGUUAGAUUCCAACUUCAACGCCAAGCUCGGGGAUUUUGGUUUGGCUAGGCUUGUUGAUCACGAAAAGGGUUCACAAUCUACAGUUUUGGCAGGCACUAUGGGAUAUAUGGCUCCUGAAUGUUUAACCACUGGGAAGGCUAGUAAAGAAACAGAUGUCUACAGCUUUGGAAUAGUUGCACUAGAAAUUGCAUGUGGAAGAAGAUCGAUUGAUGCUAAAGCACGAGCAAAUCGAGUAAGGAUGGUCGAGUGGGUUUGGGACCUCUACGGAACAGGAAAGCUACUCGAAGCAGCUGAUCCAAAACUAUGCGCAGACUAUGAUGAGCAGGAAAUCAAAUGCUUAAUGGUUGUCGGGCUUUGGUGCGCUCAUCCGGACAACAAUCUCCGGCCGUCAAUAAAGGAAGCUAUUCAUGUCCUCAAUUUUGAAGCUCAAUUACCCCUUCUUGCAUCAAAGUUGCCAAUGCCAACAUAUUCUGCUCCUCCAUUUGAUAUGCUUAAACUUUUGGUUUCACAAUCUAGUGGUGUCAAUUCGCUCCUGGCUUCAAAUAACUCGAUUUCUGAUGCUUCUCCAUCCAUGUCCCAUUGUACAAAAGAUAAGAAUCUUUCAUAA